AUGGAAUUCUUACAAGCUUUAUUGGAGUUUAUUUUGCCGUUCUUUGGAUUUGCAGUGGUUGAGGAGGUGGUUCCGGUCAUUCCGGAACCUAAACCAUGUGAAGGGCUGGUUGAGUGCUUCAUGGAGGGUCUAGAAUACCUGGCUCCGGCAGGAAGUUCUUCGGACUACAUGGCAGUUUUGGAACAUAUUCGCAAUGACUUCGUACUUUCGAGAGUUCUUCUUUUGGUUCAAAUUGUGUUGAUGUGUGUGGUCUUCCGCAAGCAUGUUGCAAUCUUCGUGAAGGGAUUGCUCUUCUGUAUGAAGAUGGUAAUCAAUGAACUUGGACGAAUGAUGGCGUUUGACCACAUCAGAAAAUCCGAGGAGGAGAUUGAGAACCUUCGCUUGCUGGCCGUUAACACUACCAAACUUGUUGAUGCCAAACUUGCUGUGCUUGAGGCAAAGUUGGAGAUGAUUGCUGAGGAAAAAAAGGCACUGAAGGAGGAACUUGCUAGUUUCAAGGCUACAGUGACAGAACACCAGAAAGAGCACCUUGAUAUUACUAUGAGAUGGGCAAAGCACGUUGAAGAUAUGAUGGACAGGAACAAAUAUCUUGAGGCUAGACGAGUUGCUGCUGCUAAGAGGUCUACUGGAAUCCCCUUGCUCAACUCGCCUAGACCGAUCUCGCCAAGACUUAUUGGCGGCGCCAGCACCGUUACCGUUGCUGGCACCAACAAAUAAUUUUCCAGCAUUACUUUUUUUUUUUUUUAUAUAUAAUUUAGAAAUAGUAUUAUUUAGGCUUAAAUAGUUUUUAUAUUUUAGGGGUGGGUCACAAAACCUGAUUUUAAAUUUAUUUAAAUUAUUUUUUUUUUGUAGUGAUAAAUCUAAAAUGUUAGUAUAGUAAGUUAAUUCCAAUUUCAAGUAUUAUUUUUAACACACAUAUUGCAACCUUAAUCCAACAAUGAAUUUAAUAUAGCUAUAGAUUAAAUUAGAAAAUAAUGAAUUUUUGCUAAUGGCAUGAAAUUUCAUACCAGAAUAUGAGUUUUUUGUCACUAUACCGUCGGCUUCAGAAUUUGGGUUUGAUAUUUUGCUCGUAACCUUGUUCUGAAAUAUUUUUUUGGUUGUAAUAUCCAAUUUUUCGGAAUUGCUACAGGACAUUUAAAUGGGUACAGAUGCUGGAUUGUUCUCAUUUAUUCCUCGAUAUUGAUAAGAUGAUUGUAGGUUGAAAACUAUUUCGAAUAUGCCUGAUACUGAAACCAGACAUUUAUCCCGUGAAAGGGAAAGACGAUAAAAUGGCUUAUUCUUGUGUCAAACCACGGGCCCACGGUCUCUCGCCAGGGUAUUAGACCUGACCCGGAGAGGCCGGGUUUGGCAUUUGAAUAAGCUGUUUGUUGGCAUUCCACUUUCGGGGUGAGCGUUCGGUUUGGGGAUUAAAACAUAUUUGAUAUAAACUUCAAUCUGUAGUUUAUCUGAAUCGAUUCGGGGGAUCAAUUUCGUAUUUCUGGAUUUUAAAUUACGGUCGCGCUGAAUUCUGAAAAUUUUCCCUAUCAUUUGUGCGGAUUGUAUGUUGCCAGGAUUUUCAACUGCGAGGUGAGAGUCCCAUUAAAUGUUCGUGCAACUUUUUGACCGAUUGUUCAUUGGAAUUUCCAAAAAUUUCAUUGGUUUUACGUUAACACGCGAGACAAGAAUGGAAUUACAAGGAAUAACCUGAGUAAUUAAUCUGCUAUUUUUGAAAUAUUUGGGAUUCUUCGUAGCUCAGUUGGGAGAGCGCCCUUCAAUCAGAGGGAGGUCAUGGGAUCGAGUCCCAUCUUAGUUUCCAGAAUAUUUCUAUUUAGCGGUAUUUUUUAUAACAUGGUCAAUGUUCUUUGUGAUUUUUACUUCAGAUGAAUUGUGUGUUCUGCGGUUGCGUUUCUAAAUGAAUGUAUGGGUUAAACUUCAAUAUUUGGCCGAUUUAUGGUUUAAUGCUUAGAAGAUUAAAAUGAAUCAUUUCGGUUAUACAACUUCAGUAGACAAUAUACAGGGGAAAAUUAGUUUUUUUUCAUUGAACUUCAAAAGCGAUUAAAAAUUUAAAUUUCGGGCAAAUUUUUGACUGAUUGUCGAUUGAAAUUUUCGAACAAAUUGUUGGUUUCAUGUGAGGCAGGAAAGAAGUUAGUUAAAAGGAACCGCCUGUGUGUGAUAAAUCUGUUAUUUGGGGGGUAUUCUGGAUUCUAUGUAGCUCAGUUGGGAGAGCGCCCUUCAAACAGAGGGAGGUCAUGGGAUCGAGUCCCAUCUUAGUUUCCAGAAUAUUCCUAUCUAGCGGUAUUUAUCAUACAUGGGAUAUGUUCAUUAUAAUUUUCACUUUGACUGAAUUGCGUGUUCUGUGGUGCGUUUCCAAAUGAAUGUCUCAGUUCAAUUAUUGUCCGAUUUUUGGUUUUACGCUUUAAAAAUUAAAAUCAAUCAUUUUGGUUAUACAACUCCAGUAGACAAUAUACAAGGGACACUGAGCAAUUUUAUUGAAAUUCAGAAGCGAUUAAAAUCUCUAGAGAUGGUUGAAAGCCGAGCUAUGUGGCAAUCUCAAAUUCUGGGUUAUUUUUAUGACAAAUAGCAUAAGGAGCAUCAAACGUGUAUGCAUGUAUGGAUAUUUUUUGAAUUCUAGUCUAAAUUCACACUGACGAAUAGUAUUCUUAAUUCUACAACGUAUAUCAUUAUUUGGCCUUUUUUUUUAAUUCAAUUCGGCUUUUAAAAUCAGGUUUUGUGACCCACAUUAUAUAGAAUUUUGUAGGCACUUAGUAGAUUUUGUAGGCACUUAUUAGGUUUAAUAUUUUUAGAUAUAAAUCGUCGUAUUGUUUGUUGUGUUAGUUUUUUUUUUCGUAGUAAUUAGGCACUUAUAGUAGAAUAAAUAAU